AUGGCUGAAAGCCGCAAGAGUAUGACGUUGUUGGCUACUGAAGAAUUUUUUCAACUUCCUGGUAACCAAUUAAUUGAACUAAUUUCAAGUGAAGAACUCCAGGUGCCAUCAGAAGACCAGGUUUUCAAAGCAGUUGUUGAGUGGGUCAGGUUCGAUUACCGGCUCGACAACAAUUAUUUCCACAGGUUUGGAGUGGGUGUUGCAGUUUUCUACAACUUACUGUACGCGGUUGGUGGCAAUGAUGGGCUGUUUUUGAAAAGUGUUCUGAGAUUCGAUCCCGCUACUGAAGUAUGGUCGAGUAAUAUAGCUCCUAUGUCCUAUGGCCGCUAUGGGCAUGGUGUGGCCACGCUUGACGGUUUCAUUUAUGCGGUGGGCGGACAAGAUUAUGACCCACGAGUGGGAAAGUGGGAGCACAUUCGUCCAAUGACAACAUGUCGAGGCUAUUUGGGGUCUGCAGCGUUCGAUGGGCACUUGUAUGCAGCAGGAGGACCGUGGUUGAGUUCAGCUGAAAAAUAUGACCCACGAGCGAACAGGUGGACUGCAGUGGCUGACAUGAACGAGAAACGAUUUGCUCGUCAUUCACAGGUAGCGCUGGCCGUUGUCAACGGAAGGCUAUACGCGGUUGGUGGAGAUAACGGUUCUACCGACCUGGACACCGUUGAAGUUUUUGAUCCUGAGGCAAAUCAGUGGAUAAUUCAUAGCCGCAUGAAUAAGCGGUUAGUUGCCCUUUGGUGGAACUUAUUCGUAUUUUUAUUCGGACUGCAACUCUUCUGA